GAUCAUUUAGACUGUUUCAUCAGAGAGCAUAUAAAAGGCCAGAAAACGAUUGCUAAGAUGACGACACACGGGUGGAACGUUGCCAGACAAUCAGUAAUUAUCAAAGGAACUAGAUGUCUGCUAGAACCUGACAAGUUAACACGUACUUUUUCUACUCUACAUAACAAUUCUGUGGAAUAUCAUAAGUUUCUACGGAUUACAAAUUUCGUUGUUGGAAAACCUGCUAUCAAAUCAUCGAGAUUUUCCAUUUUCACUUAUCGUGUUUCUGUUAAAUCUAACAAAUUAUACAAGAUGCCUUACUGCGUGGACAAAUUUUACCCCCAGGUAACAAGCCUGAUGGCGACUCAAGUGACCGAAAGUAAGAGCUCAAAUUAUAAAAUAUCGGGCGUGCCAAUUAUCUCCGAGUUGACACUACCUCUUGCACCAAAAGUACUGGCUUAUAUUGAAGAAUGCGCCAAACUUUGUAAGCCUGACGCUAUCUACAUCUGCGACGGUAGCGAUCAAGAAAACGAAAUAAUGCUCAAGUUGCUGCAAACCAACGGAUCUAUUGAACCUCUGCCGAAAUACGAAAACUGGUAUGUAACCAAAAAUUCCAUUUUUAACCAUUUUCAAUUGCUUCUUUCAAUAACCUCAAUUUUUAGUUGGUUAGCGCGAACGAAUCCAGCAGAUGUUGCUCGUGUAGAAAGCCGCACGUUUAUCAGCACUGAAACGAAAAACGAAACGAUCCCAACUCCCAGGGAAGGAGUCACGGGAACUCUUGGAAAUUGGAUUAGUCCUAAUGGUAUGGAUGAGGCUGUUGCUCAACGAUUUCCGAGUUGUAUGAAAGGCCGUACCAUGUACGUAAUUCCAUUCAGCAUGGGACCAGUUGGGUCACCACUUUCCAAAAUAGGAAUAGAAAUCACUGACUCAGCGUACGUUGUUUGUUCAAUGAGAAUCAUGACUCGCAUGGGUUCCCGAGUCCUUGAUGUUCUUGACAAGAGCGACUUUGUUAAAUGUUUGCAUUCCGUGGGGGUUCCUAGUGCUGAUUCAAAAGUCGAAAUGAAGGCUUCCUGGCCCUGCGAUCCCGAGAGAACGAUAAUUCUCCACAAACCAGCCAAAAAUGAAAUUGUUUCCUAUGGAAGCGGGUACGGAGGCAACUCUUUGUUGGGCAAAAAAUGCUUUGCUCUCAGAAUCGGCUCCACGAUUGCUAAAAAAGAGGGCUGGCUUGCUGAACAUAUGCUGAUUUUAGGAAUCACAAAUCCAAAAGGCGUGAAGCGAUACAUUGCUGCAGCGUUCCCAAGUGCCUGCGGAAAAACGAAUCUCGCAAUGAUGCAGCCGACUUUGCCAGGUUACAAAAUAGAGUGUGUUGGAGAUGAUAUUGCUUGGAUGAGAUUCGACAAACAAGGACGUUUACGGGCUAUCAACCCUGAGAACGGAUUUUUCGGAGUCGCUCCUGGUACAGCAAGUGCCACCAAUCCAAACGCGAUGAAGACUAUCUUCAAGAACACAUUAUUCACCAAUGUGGCUCGGACCAGUGACGGUGGAGUCUUCUGGGAAGGGCUGGAGAAUGAAAUUGACAAGGAUAUUGGAAUUACUGAUUGGCACGGAAAUCCGUGGUCCCGUGACUCAAAAACUCCGGCCGCUCAUCCAAACUCUCGGUUCUGCACACCAGCAAAUCAAUGCCCGAUCAUCGAUCCAGCUUGGGAAGAUCCUGAGGGGGCUAAAGUUAUAAUGCACGAUCCAUUCGCUAUGCGACCUUUCUUUGGCUACAACUUUGGGCACUAUCUCCAACAUUGGCUUAGUAUGGAACAGGUAAAAGACGCCAAGCUGCCAGAUAUCUUCCAUGUAAAUUGGUUUAGAAAAGACGCAAGCAAACGAUUCUUAUGGCCAGGCUUUGGUGAAAAUUCUCGAGUUCUUGAUUGGAUCUUGCGUCGAGUAGAAGGCGAAGAUAUUGCCCGUGAUUCAGCCAUCGGCUUCAUUCCAAAAGAUGGAACACUUAAUACCGAAGGUUUGAAAGACAUCAAUUUGGAGGAGUUAUUCAAAUUACCCAAAGAUUUUUGGGAAAAAGAAGUCAAAGAACUGAAAGAAUAUUUCGACGCUCAAGUGGGUAAAGAUCUUCCGGUGGCUAUUUCUACGGAAUUGAAUAAUCUUGAAAAGAAUGUUGCGAAACUUCACUAA